AUGGCAAGGCGCGUCUCUCUUCUUCUUCGUCUUCCAAAGUCUCUGCCCACCAAAACCCAAAACCUCCGAUCACUUUCUGUCUGUACAGUCUCCGACCAAGACCAACAACACCGCCAUGAGCAAGUCCGCAAGCUCCGAAUCCUCCUCCAACAGGGCCGAACCGACGCCGCAGCUCGCUUCAUCAAGUCCCUCAUCCUCCCCACCUCCCCUUUCUCCUCCCCCUCCGACCUCUACGACCUCUUCUCCCUCUCCGCCCCCUCCAUCACCCCCGCAUUCUCCGACAUGCUCCUUACGGCCUGCACGGACUCCAAGAUGCCCAAACAAGCCGUGGAGCUCUACGCUUUGAUGCGAAAGAGCGACCUCCGCCCGAGCUUGGCCACGCUCAACCAGCUGCUCGAGUGCCUGGUGGGGUCCAAGAUGUUCGAGGAGACACUCGAAUUGUUUUCGCAGAUUUUCGAGUCUGGGAAGGGCAUUAAACCGGAUAAGUUCACUUACGGGAAGGCCGUGCAGGCCGCGGUGAAGCUCGGGGACUUAAAGAGGGCCGGAGAGAUUGUGGAAUCCAUGAAAACAAUGAGGCUGGUGCCGAAUGUGUUUAUUUUUAAUGUUUUGAUAGGGGGACUGUGUAAAGAGAGGAGGAUGAGGGAUGCAGAGAAGGUGUUUGAUGAAAUGCUUGAGAGAAAGGGAGUGCCGACUUUGGUUACUUAUAAUACGCUGAUCGAUGGGUACUGUAAGGUGGGUGAGGUGGAGAAGGCGUUUGAGGUGAGGGAGAGGAUGAAGGAUCAGAAGGUGGAAGCGAAUGUGGUGACUUAUAAUACAUUGCUGAAUGGGCUUUGUAGGGGGAAGAGAAUGGAGGAUGCGAAGAGGGUGUUGGAGGAGAUGGAGGCUCAUGGGUUUGCGCCGGAUGGUUUUACUUAUAGUAUACUUUUCGAUGGGCAUUUGAGGUGUGGUGAUGAUCAGGGGGUGUUGGCUUUGUUUGAUGAGAUAGCCAGGAAAGGUGUGAGGAUCAAUGGCUAUACUUGCAGUAUUUUGUUGAACGGGUUGUGCAAGAAAGGGAAGGUUGAGGAAGCGGAGGAGGUUUUGAAGAAAUUGUUGGAUACUGGUUUUGUUCCAGAUGAAGUAGUGUAUAACACUCUGGUGAGUGGAUAUUGUCGACAAUCUGACAUUGACAGAGCCGUUUUGGUUAUUGAGAAAAUGGAAGCUCGUGGUUUGAGGCCAAACUGCAUCACUUUCAGUCUUUUAAUUCACAAAUUCUGUGAGACAAAGGAUAUGGAUAAGGCAGAGGAAUGGGUACAGAAGAUGCUAAAGAAGGGAGUUUCGCCGAAUUUGGAGGUGUAUAACACCCUUAUUAACGGCUACGGGCGGAUUUGCACAUUUGAUAAGUGUUUCGAGAUUCUUGAAGACAUGGAAAGUAAGGCAAUCAAACCAAAUGUUGUGAGCUAUGGUUCCCUUAUAAAUUGUUUGUGCAAGGAUGGGAGACUUCUUGAAGCUGAACUGCAGCUCAGAGACAUGGUAGGCCGAGGUGUUUUGCCAAAUGCACAGAUAUAUAAUAUGCUCAUUGAUGGUAGCUCUACACAGGGGAAGCUGAAAGAUGCUUUCAGAUUUUUUGAUGAGAUGGCGAAAAAUGGGAUAAGUCCAACACUUGUAACCUACAAUGCACUCAUACAUGGACUCUGCAAAAAAGGACGGAUGAUUGAAGCUGAAGACUAUGUGUCUCAAAUUACAAGCAGUGGUUAUAGACCCGAUGUGAUCACAUACAACUCCUUAAUUUCAGGUUAUUCUGAUACAGUAAAUACCCAGAAAUGUCUGGAAUUAUAUGAAGCUAUGAAGAAUCUGGGCAUCACACCUACUUUAUAUACAUAUCAUCCUCUAAUUAGCGGAUGCAGCAGGGACAAUAUGGUAUUAGCAGAAAAGUUGUUGAAUGAGAUGUUACAAAUGGGCUUGCGUCCUGAUCGGAUUAUUUAUAAUGCACUCAUUCACGGUUACGCAGAGCAUGGUGAUAUUCAGAAGGCACUUUCUUUGCGCAGUGAGAUGGUAGACCAGAAAAUCAAUGUUGACAAGAUGACAUAUAAUAGCUUGAUUCUUGGGCACUUCAAACAAGGAAAGGUGUCAGAGGUAAAGGACCUCGUCGAUGAUAUGAAGGCUAAAGGAUUGACACCCAAAGCUGAUACGUAUAACUUACUUGUGAAGGGACACUGUGAACUGAAGGACUUCAGUGGCGCAUAUUUUUGGUACAGGGAACUGGUUGAGAAUGGUUAUCUUCUAAACGUCUCCACUUGCAAUGAGCUUACAACUGGCCUUCAAAAGGAGGGGAGGUUUCAAGAGGCCCAGAUUAUCUGCUUAGAAAUGAGUGCUAAAGGUAUAGAUGACCUUAGCUCCAAUGAAGAGGCAAUUUCUGUUACCAAGGUGUAGGGAACAAACGCUUCUGUGUUGGAAUUCUUCAGCACAAGAAUUCAUUGGGUGAGAAACAUAGCAUGUUUCCAAGCCAGUAGCCGACUACCCAUAGUGUACAUGUCUGCUGGAAGUCCUUGAAGAAGCAUACAGUUGAUUCCAAAAAACAGUUGGUCAAACUAUCAUACAAUUUCAGAAGUAAAUUAGCAAGGGUUGGCAGGCUGGGAGUAAGCAAGGAGCUUUGAUGAGUUCUAGAUUUAUCAGUUGAAAAGCUUCGAGCUUGCCAGAUUAAUCUCCAAGGAACCCCAAUGUAUAUUAUCUGUUUAACUAUAGCUGCAUUGUGAAUGUUCUGUUAUUCUCCAAAUUCUAACUUUUCAAAAGUGCUUCAUUUAGGUUGUGCAUUGGAUUGCUAUCUUAUGUUCCAGUUAUUGCCUCAACAUGCUUGAACAGUUGAACAUAUUUGGAGAUGGAAAGUUUUCCUUGAGCAUGCUGUAAAAA